AUGUCCAAUUUAGACGCUGCUGCCCCUAACCGCACCGCCCAGCCGCUUCUAGACCACAUUGUCAUAUUAGUCAACCACCACACCCUCACCGGCAUCGAUGAGCAGCUCAAAGGCGUCUUCACAGUCGCACCGGGCGGCCACCACGCAGAUGGCCUGACCUGGAAUCGUCUUAUCCUCUUCAAAGACGGCGUAUACAUUGAGCUCAUCGCUUUUUUCGACACAAUCGACACCGAGACCCGCAAGAAGCAUCGUUGGGGCUCUCUGUCGGACGGCACCAUCAUCGACUGGGCAUGCUCACUGCACGAAGAAAAGGACUUUGCGCUCAUCCAAGAGCAGGUGUCGAGUGCUCAGACGGGGUACUUGUACAGCGACCCCGUGCCGGGAGGUCGGGAGAAGCCUGACGGGACCGUGCUGAAAUGGGCGAAUGGCUCCGCGACGAGUCCGGAUGGGACGCCCAUAUUCCCAGGUACCCUCCCGUUCUGGUGCUUGGAUAGGACGCCUCGCACGCUGCGUGUUCCGUAUGAGAGCUCACCGGAGCUGACCAACCAUCCGUCUGGGGCGAAGGGCGUCUCUCGCAUCGUGAUUGAGGCUCCAGCUGGUGACAUUGCACAUCUACGAGAUGUCUACACAGCUAUAUACGAGCCGAAAUCUAGCAAAGCCGAAAACGAUGUUUGGCCGUUCGAUGUGCCGUCUGGGGGAAAACAUGGCAAACAAACAACUUCACUGCUGGACGGCUCGGGAGGGCAGGUCAUCAAACUUGCGUUGGCGGGAGGCACAAACAGUCCAUCGUUUGUGGAACUACUCCCUGGUCUCAUUGUGAAAUUGGAGAGCUGA